GACUCUUUGAUAUUUUCGGAGAACAUUACAGUGAUGUAUACGCUGAAAAGAAGCACAAAGGGCAUCUUAGUUAUGAAAUAAUCGCUGGUGCUGCAGCUUUUGAAGCCAUGAAGCACUUCGAAAAAAUGCAUGAAGAAAAAACCGGAGAAAAAGAUAAAUUUGCCUUUGCUAAAGAG